AUGCCGGGCGGGGGUAGGGUUGUUAGGCUAGACCUAGAUCAAGAUCAACCUUCUCUCACCUUUCAGUACAAGGAAGGUGUCCAUCUAUGGGGCAAACAAUCUGAAUUUCCUGGGGCUUCGGUUAGAGCAAAUCCCAAAAUUGCGUAUCCGAAUGAUUGUUUAGCCAAUGAUGGAUUUCGCGCUACGGAAUGGAUCAAAGAACUGAAUACAUUUCCAAUGCCGACGGCGGCUCCUGCUAAAGCAAUUGUUGCUGCUCCAGCUCCUAUUGAUUUAGCUCCCUAUAACAUCUCGAGUUGCGAAUCCUCGUCAAGCUUUAUUAUGAGUGGCACGCCCGUGCCGUACAUAUUGGCCCCGUAA